UUGUAGGGGGAGAAGAAUAAUGGCUUCGAUGUGCUAUAUCACAACAUGAAACAUGGCCAGAUAUCAACAAAGGAGCUCUCAGAGUUUAUUCGGGAAAGGUCGACAAUUGAAGACGCUUAUUCUCGGUCAAUGACCAAACUUGCCAAGACUGCUAGCAAUUAUACACAACUUGGGACCUUUGGACCUGUUUGGGAUGUCUUUAAAACUUCAACAGAAAAGCUUGCUGGCUGUCAUCUAGAACUUGUCAAGAAAUUACAGGACCUUAUAAAAGAGCUCCAAAAAUAUGGGGAAGAACAACUGAAGUCUCAUAAAAAGACUAAGGAGGAAGUAUCUGGAACUUUGGAGGCUGUACAGAACAUUCAGAGUACUACUCAAGCCCUGCAGAAAGCCAAGGAACUGUACAACAUCAAGUGUGUGGAGCAGGAGAAGCUGAAGAAGGAAGGCGCAGCCCAGAAAGAGAUAGAAAAGGCAUCAUUAAAAGCCAAGAAAGCCACAGAAAGCUACAAGGGCUGUGUUGAGAAAUACGCUGCUGUAAAAUCUGACUUUGAGCAAAAGAUGGCAGAGACUGCACAGAAAUUCCAAGACAUCGAAAAGGCACAUCUCAUUCGGAUUAAAGAUAUCAUUGGUUGCUUUUCUCAUUCUAUCAGUGAGGUUCAUAUUCAGAUUGGCCAGGUUCAUGAAGAGUUUAUAAACAACAUGGCAAACAUCACAGUAGAAAGCUUACUAGAACAGUUUGCGGAGUCUAAAGGCACUGGAAAAGAAAGGCCUGGUCCCAUCGAGUUUGAAACAUGCAACACAGCCAUUGCAGUAGAAGGAUUGAGGCCGAAGAAAAGAAAGCCAUUUGGACUUCCAACGAUAAUAAAGAAGGAGAAGGAUGCAGAAUCUGUAGAGAAUGCAGAUUCUGAUUCAAUAAAUGUUCCUGCAGUUGAUGAUGAAGGGUACAGUAUAAAACCAGAAGAUAACCAGAAUUAUACCAAAGAAAAUCAUUUUUACUCUUCAAGUGAUUCUGAUGAUGAUGAUGGGCCUAAAAAAUUUCAUGUUGAGAUCAAACCUGUGCAGCCUAAUAAUGGCUCCCAUCACACUAUGGCCUCCCUAGAUGAACUAAAGGUUUCUAUUGGAAAUAUAUCCCUUUCACCAGCACCUUCUAGGCACACAUGAUCCGGAAUGCUUCAAGCGAAGAGAUGACCAAACUAAAAAUGCCAGGAACAACCGAUAGAGUCAACAGUGAUCUUUUGGCCUGGGACCCAUUGUUUGGCAACUCAGUUGAAUCCUCUUCUCUCUCGUCAUCCAGUUCUACAGCUGCACUAAAGGAGCCUUUUGGGAGUUUUGCUUUUUCUCCCACAUCUCUGACCUCAAGUAAUAUGUCUGAGUUCACUUUUGAUUUCCCAAUGUCUGAUCCCGGGGACUCAACACAAUCUGAUUUUGGUGCCAAUUUUGCCCAUAAUGUUGGCACAAUGAAAGCUCAGGUAGAAAACACACAACCUCAAAGGCCACAGAUUGCUCUGUAUGAGAGUAACAGCAGAACAUACAAUAGAGGUCGCAAGAAGAUUCAGAGAUUCCAUAGCGCUUUUGAGAAAGUUGACAACAUGCGGUAUUAUUUAUCGGAGAGAACUUUGAGGAACUAUGUUCUUGAAGAAUAUGUAGGUUUCUCUAAUGCCAACUAUUGUCUUGAUGAUGUAUUUGUUGAAGAAAACUCAAAUCCUUCUGACAAGUCUUCAAAGUCUGCCUCUAUAAACUGUAGCCUACCUACAGUUCAUACAAACAAUGUGUCGCCACCUGCACGACCAACCACACCACUCUCGGUAGGCACAAUUGUACCCCCUCCACGGCCUCCAUCAAGACCAAAGCUUCCUUCAGGCAAACUCAGUGGAAUAAAUGAAUUACCGCGACCGUUCAGCCCUCCUGUGACAUCUAACACUAGCCCCCCUUCCUCUGCUUCUUUGCCUCGUGCAGAAAGCUCUUCUUCAAUAUCCUCGUCUGCUUCAAUUAGUGCAGCAAAUACUCCCACUUUUGGUAUAUCCCGUGGGCCAAGUCCAGUUACCUUAGGAUCCCAGGACACUUUACCUGUUGCUGUAGCGAUGUCGGAGUCUGUUAACGCUUACUUCAAAGGAGCAGACCCAGCAAAAUGUAUUGUCAAGAUUACUGGGGAUAUGACCGUGUCAUUUCCAAGUGGAAUUAUUAAAGUGUUCACAAGUAACCCCUCUCCAGCAGUGCUUUGCUUCAGAUUAAAAAACACCAGCAAGCUUGAGCAAAUUCUACCAAAUACUCAACUUUUAUACAGUGAUCCUUCCCAGAGCGAUAACAACUGUAAAGACUUCUGGAUGAAUAUGCAAGCAGUCACUGCCUACCUCAAGAAAUCUUCUGAGCAGAACCCAUCUGCCUCCUAUUAUAAUGUGGACAUCUUAAAAUACCAGGUGUCAUCAAAUGGAAUUCACUCCACACCUCUGAACCUUGCCACCUACUGGAAGUGUAACCCCACCACUACAGAUGUCAGGCUAGAUUAUAAGUACAACCCAGAGUCCAUGGCGGGGCCCAGUGCAUUAUCGAAUAUACAGGUUGUGGUUCCAGUGGAUGGUGGUGUCACAAACAUGCAGUCUUUACCAAAUGCAAUAUGGAAUUCUGAACAGAUGAAAGCCCUGUGGAAAAUAUCUACAAUUUCAGAAAAAUCUGAAAAUGGAGGAUCUGGAUCACUCAGGGCAAAAUUUGAUGUCUCAGAGGGACCUAGCAACCCGAGCACUGUGGCAGUGCAGUUUGUCAGUGACGGCAGCACCCUGUCUGGUGUGGACAUUGAACUAGUGGGCACAGGUUACCGCCUUUCUUUAGUGAAAAAAAGGUUUUGCACAGGAAGAUACAUGGCUGACUGUUGA